UGGCUUGAAUCUGUGGCGUUGUUUGUAGAAGACUUUGGUGAAACAUACUCGAUUCUAUCGAAAUUCAACCAGCCCGCUGCUUCGAUACAUCAGGCCGCUGGCUGGGGUUGCUUUCCUUUUCAACUUCCUGUUUCGGAAUUCCUGUUUCGAGGUUAUUUAAGAUGGCUCCUAAAAGAGGGAAGGUCCAAAAAGAGGAGGUUCAAGUUUCCCUUGGGCCUCAAGUUCGUGAGGGAGAAAUUGUUUUUGGAGUCGCUCACAUCUUUGCCAGCUUCAAUGACACCUUCGUUCAUGUCACAGAUUUGUCUGGCAGAGAAACUAUCGCUCGUGUCACUGGUGGUAUGAAAGUCAAAGCUGAUCGUGAUGAGGCUUCCCCGUACGCUGCUAUGUUGGCUGCCCAGGAUGUAGCUGAGAAAUGCAAAUCACUCGGAAUCACUGCAUUACACAUUAAGCUGAGGGCAACGGGUGGUAAUAAAACAAAGACCCCAGGACCCGGAGCUCAAUCUGCUCUGCGAGCUCUUGCUCGUUCUUCAAUGAAGAUUGGACGUAUUGAAGACGUGACCCCAAUCCCUUCAGAUUCAACCCGCAGGAAGGGUGGGCGCCGUGGACGCAGGCUGUAGUUCAUCACUCCAGUGCUGUACAUGGUUCACUACCUAAUUCUAAUAAACAAAUAAAACUCAA